CGAGUUUUGCUGAACGUUCGUUGCUCAGCGCGCCUUCAGGCUAGGUCAGUAACUGCGAGUAACCACGCUCACCCUCCUUUCCACAUCGAUACCAAAUGAUUAGACUCUAUAUUAUCAAUCAAUCUGUCAAUCCACCGAGUCCUCUGUGACGAUUACAUGUUAGAUGAAUGAUUACUCACAUCAAUUUGCCCUCUUCUUGGAACCCCCGCCUGUUCCCGAGCUAACCAAUGCCAACUUUCCUAGAGGGAUUUAUAACUAUGACCGACCACGAAGGCUUCGGUCGACUGAGAAUAUCCAAAAUUGCUGACCGUUACCUUGUUUUCGACGCCGACCACGCGGCCCUUCUGCGCCGUAGUCGUAACAUCUGCGGUGUGCUUGUUGGAUCAACACCACAGAACCCCACCCAGAAUGUCUUCCUCAGCCUCCCCCUGGAGCUUUUCCCGGAGGAGGUCGCGGAACUUUUGAAAUCUGGCCUGGCUGCACUUAUUGAUCAAACCUCACAUCACCUGGGUACUCUCCAGUCGAGGGAUAAGCACAUACGUCUGAAGUACAUGGAGCAUUUGCAACAAUACAGAUGGCAGGCCAAACGGCUGUUGACCGAAGAUCAAGCGAUGAGGACUGCUCAGAAGUCACUUCACGGUGGUAAAACAUCCAGGCAGUUAAACGAACACAAUCGAUCUCACCUCGACCCGUCAUCAUCCAACCAAGGGGAGCAUGGACUAUCUGGAGAGAAUCCACAGAUUCAGGCGAGUGUCGAGCCUCCCAGGUGUCCAAAUCCCUCAGGGCGUCUUACAGUGGCUAGGCCCUUGGCUGUAACUCCCACAGCCAGUUCCGGCCUACCACCCGCCUCGGUUGAUGAGAUCGAAAUAUCAUUUUCACGUGACGAAGUUUCUACUCGUCCACUUCACGGUUAUCUACUAUCUAAAGGGUACUUCAUGACGCCUGGCUUGAGGUUUGGGGCAGAUUACAGUGUCUAUCCGGGAGACCCUCUGAGGUAUCAUGCCCAUUUCCUCGCCAGUGAAUACGGAUGGGAUGAGGAGAUUUGCAUGCUCGACAUCGUUGGAGGGGGGCGACUUGGUACUUCUGUUAAAAAAGGGUUUCUCAUAGGUGGGGAAUGUCCCACACCAGGAAACGGCGCGCGCCCUAUGAGAGCUUUCUCUAUCGAGUGGGCUGGCAUGUAGCUCUAUUUCGGUAAGGAGUGCACUUCGUAUGGCGAAUCGCGGUCACCAUGGCUAUGGCCUUUGUAGAUUUGUCCAGUCAUGAUAUCUUAAUCCAUCGUCCGACUGCAGAUUGACGAUCCA